AUUCGACGUAUUUUUAACGCUCACUGGAUUUAUAAGUAGAGAUUUUUUGUGUCUCACAAAAACAAAAAAAUCAUCGUGAAACGUUCGAAGGCCAUUUUCUUUGGACGACCAUCGGCGUUAAGGAGAGAGCUUAGAUCUCGUGCCGUCGUGCGACGUUGUUUUCCGAUCUGUUGCGUUUCUUCUGUUUUCUGUUAUGAGUGGAUGCGUUUUCUUGUGAUUCGCUUGUUUGUAAUGCUGGAUCUGUAUCUGCGUCGUGGGAAUUCAAAGUGAUAGUAGUUGAUAUUUUUUCCAGAUCAGGCAUGUUCUCGUAUAAUCAGGUCUAAUGGUUGAUGAUUCUGCGGAAUUAUAGAUCUAAGAUCUUGAUUGAUUUAGAUUUGAGGAUAUGAAUGAGAUUCGUAGGUCCACAAAGGUCUUGUUAUCUCUGCUGCUAGAUAGAUGAUUAUCCAAUUGCGUUUCGUAGUUAUUUUUAUGGAUUCAAGGAAUUGCGUGUAAUUGAGAGUUUUACUCUGUUUUGUGAACAGGCUUGAUCAAAAUGGGGUUGUCAUUCGGAAAGUUGUUCAGCAGGCUCUUUGCGAAGAAAGAGAUGCGUAUUCUGAUGGUUGGUCUCGAUGCUGCUGGUAAGACGACUAUCCUCUACAAGCUCAAACUUGGAGAGAUCGUCACCACUAUUCCAACCAUUGGGUUCAACGUUGAGACUGUUGAAUACAAGAACAUCAGCUUCACCGUGUGGGAUGUUGGGGGUCAAGACAAGAUCCGUCCAUUGUGGAGACAUUACUUCCAGAACACACAGGGACUUAUCUUUGUUGUGGACAGCAAUGAUCGUGACCGUGUUGUUGAAGCCAGGGACGAGCUUCACAGGAUGCUGAAUGAGGAUGAAUUGAGGGAUGCAGUUCUGCUUGUAUUUGCUAACAAGCAAGAUCUUCCCAACGCGAUGAACGCUGCUGAGAUAACUGACAAGCUUGGGCUUCAUUCUCUUCGUCAACGACACUGGUACAUUCAGAGCACAUGUGCCACCUCUGGAGAAGGACUCUAUGAGGGACUUGACUGGCUCUCCAACAACAUCGCAAGCAAGGCAUAG